ACGUAGGAGCGCCGAGCGGACGGCAGAAUUUUACAGGCAAGAUGGCGACGUCGGAGCCGCGCAAAACUGAAGGUGAAGAAGGUGCCACCGAGGCUCCUGUAGCCGUAGUCGCCAGUCCUGAGCAGUACGUCAAACACCCCCUGCAGAACAGAUGGGCCCUCUGGUAUUUCAAAAAUGACAAAAGCAAGAGCUGGUCGGAGAACCUGCGUCUCAUUGCCAAAUUCGACACAGUGGAGGACUUCUGGGCGUUAUACAAUCACAUACAGCAGCCCAGCAAGCUUGGUUUUGGCUGCGACUAUUGUUUAUUUAAGGAUGGUAUCAAACCCAUGUGGGAGGAUGACAGGAACAAGCUAGGAGGACGGUGGUUAAUAACUCUCAGCAAACAACAGAGACACAAUGACCUGGACCGCUACUGGAUGGAGACUCUACUCUGCUUAAUCGGGGAGUCUUUUGACGACGCCAGCGAAGACAUCUGUGGUGCGGUGGUCAACGUGAGACCGAAAGGGGACAAAAUAGCCAUCUGGACUGUAAACUGCCAGAAUAGGGAAGCCAUCAUGACGAUAGGGCAACAAUACAAGGAGCGCCUGAACGUACCUGUUAAAUCCCUGAUUGGGUACCAGUCACAUGACGACACCUCCAGCAAAAGCGGAUCCACAACAAAGAACAUGUACACAGUUUGAAGAGAAACCAUUCAGUUUACUAUAGGUUUAUAAAUUACCCAUCAUCCAUCUGCAUCAUAUUAAUUCUUUUUUGUCAACUACUGUAGUGUUCUUCCUUUAAAAAGUUAAUAUUUACCAUAAGAAUUCUGCCUCCUUCAUCAAGACCAGUAUGCCAAAAAAUAACUAUCUAAGAAAAAAAAAGGGGGGGGGGGGGUCCGCUGAAGGUAUGCUGAUUGAACUUAGUUUAAUUCUACAGUAAGUCUGAAAAAGUGUGAGACUAAUUUUGACUACCCCACAUGAGCAGGACACGAGGUGUGAGUAAAGACGCCCUUGUUAGUGUUUGCUUUUCUCGAUGCCACGCAGCGCACUCAGCCAGGAACAGUAUGUGUGUCACUUUGGCGUUUCUCCUGCAACACCUGAACAAAAGGAUGUCACACAGGUUUCGGGAGGAUCACUUGUGCUCUUGGGUUUGAUUCUGACUUUUUUGGGACUUUUCAAGUUCUUUUUUUGAGUUUUGAGAUGCGUUGCGGUUUAACAACUUAGUUUGAGGGCAAUGAAUUCAGUCCAUAGUUUGAAGUUUUUUUUUUUUUCUUCUUCUUUUUUUUUUUUGUGGGGGGGGGGGUGCUUGCUUUAGAACAUUUUACACACUGCUCCCAUGAUACACUCAGACAUCCACAGUAGAGCAUCAUACACACGCAC